AUUUGUUAUUAAGAGUGGUGGCUGGCAAAAUUUGUUAAAAUAAAUAAACUAAAACACUUAUUACUUACCUUAUAAUUGUUUUAUUUAAUAACAAAAAACUAAAUAUUUUAUAAUAAAGAGAAAAAUUAGCUGAAGUUGUAGCUAAAUAAUUAAUGUUAAACAAAUUUCGACCCCUUAGCAGCAGCAUGUUUAAGCAGACGUCUACAAAUUUAUUGGAACAAAAAGCCGACAAGGUGACCCAAUGGUUGGAUUCAUUUGAUGCCGUUCUUACAGAUUGCGAUGGCGUUCUUUGGGUCUAUGGCAAUGUAAUUGAUGGCUCCGUGGAGGUUAUGAAUCGCUUUAAAGAAUUGGGCAAAAAAAUUUUCUUUUGCACCAAUAAUUCUACCAAGACACGCAAAGAAUUACUGGUGAAGGCUGUAGAUAUGGGCUUCAAUAUCACAGAAGAUGAAAUUAUCUCCACAGCACACUCGGGAGCUGCCUAUUUAAAGGGUCUUAACUUUAACAAAAAAGUAUUUGUCAUUGGUUCGGAGGGUAUAACAAAAGAACUCGAUGCUGUGGGUAUAGAACACAAUAAGGUGGGUGCUGAACCCAUGCCUGGCUCUUUAGCGGAAUAUAUUUCAAAACAUUUGAAAUUAGAUGAAAAUGUGGGUGCUGUAAUGGUGGGUUUCGAUGAGCAUUUCAGUUUUCCUAAAAUGACACAAGCUGCCUCAUAUCUAAAUGAUCCAGAGUGUUUGUUUAUUGCCACAAACACAGAUGAACGUUUUCCUAUGCCUAAUAUGGUGAUACCAGGAACGGGUAGCUUUGUUAGGGCCAUUGAGACAUGUGCAGAGCGCAAAGCUUUAGUUAUAGGUAAACCCAAUAAAGAGAUAUGUGAACAUCUUAUUAAAGAUGGCACUAUUAAGCCCGAAAGAACCUUAAUGAUAGGUGACAGAUGUAAUACCGACAUACUAUUGGGCUAUAAUUGUGGCUUCCAAACUUUGCUGGUGGGUACGGGUAUACAUCAACUAAAUGAUGUGGAUUCCUGGAAAAAUUCCAAUGAUCCCGAAUUGCUUAAACUUAUACCAGAUGUGUAUUUACCUAAACUGGGUGAUUUACUGCCUCAUAUGUGAAUUUUAUUUACUUCUUAACAUAAUUUUAAGACUUGUCAUUACCUAUAGUGACAUUUAUUUAAUUCUUUUUUUAUAAACAAUACAUUUUAAAACCACUAAUAACUUUUUCAUACAUAAUGCUCCCCAUAAUUAUAAUCUAGCCAAAAAUGAUGCUUUUUGUUAAUAAAUAAUUUUAUGUUGUUAGAACAAAAA